GGGAGGAUGUCAGUUGAGUUUCAAACCGAUGUUGCGCCCCGCUCGAGGCGCCUUGUCUGCUCGGUUCGCGGCGGAGGUGCCUGCGCGGGAUAUUUAAAUACACGACCAGUCCGAGAGAGAAGCGCGGUGAAAUCCCGAUGUCCUUGGUUACAAACACGACCUUUUCCGUGUUCUCCAGCACGAAGUGGUCGCAAGGCCGGGGAGAGUUCUUUGGGGGGCGAGAAGUGAGAAGUUUUAAAACAUGUAGGGGGAAGGAAGUUAUGUCUGCAGCCGACUUGCACGACCCUGUGCGACGUUCCCUCGAAGGGACGGGUAACAGCUCCCAGAUCAUUCAAUUGAGAGCCAACGCAGAUUCAAGGAAUUUAAUCCCCAAACUGUCUUCUCCUCAAAAGCAGAACUCGACAGCUAAUGAUAUCGAGAGAUUGCAGAGCACCAUCAGUCAACUCCAGAAUCAAAUGAAACAGUUGCAGCCUGGGGAUGGCGAUUGUAGUUCUACUGAGCACAGGUGGAAGCUGAACAGAUUGGAAAAAGAGAAAGUAGAACUAACUAGCAGAUUUAAUGAAGAGCGUGCAACAUUUGAAAGCCAUAUUGCUAGAUUGCGAGCACAGCUGGAGAAAGGAGAGGCACUGAGACAGACCCUGGAGUACGAGCUAGCUGUGGCCAAGAAGGAAGCCAGUGUUGUAAAAUGCACUUCAGAAGACAGAAUAGACUCUAUUCACAAAGUACAUGCACAGUUAAAAGUGCAAAAUUCAGAACUUCAACAGAAAGUGAAGGAAUUGGAAAAAACUCUAGCAAUUUCUGAACAAGCAAGGAAAGAUGAUCAACAGAGGUUCCAAACUGAACAAGAGGAUAGGGAUAAAAUUAUUCAGACCUGUAAUACAGAAAAUGAGUUCCUUAUUGCUGAGAGGAAUCGAAUUGAUGCUAUCUUGCAGGGUCAGGAGCAAACAUUUGUUGGGCUGCAGAAGCGACUAAAGGAACUAGAAGCUGAGCGCAACAAUCUCACAGAAGCACUGCGACGACAGAAGAAUGAAUUUGAAUAUAGUACUGACCGAGAGGAACGAUUAAAAAGGGAGCUGGAGGUAGCACAGCAAAGAGUGAAGACAUUAGAAGAAAACAUUGAGGCAGAAAGGGCUGCACAUCUGGAAUCAAAAUUUAACUCUGAAAUUAUUCAGUUGCGCAUACGAGACCUAGAAAAUAUGUUGCAAGUGGAAAAGUCAAGUCAUGCAGAUGCAGCGUUAAAUUUGGACUUGAUUAAACAGCAAUUCAGCGAUAUUGAACUCUCGUAUGAAAGGGAGAAAUCAAAAGCUACAGAAACUACUAAUCAAUUACAGAAAUUACAAAAAGAAUUUACAGAAUCAAAACAACAGUUGAUAGCAGAAAUUGAAGAAAAGAAUAAUGUGAUUGCUGACCUUUCAAAAAUGCUUCAGGGCCAUGAGGAAAGUUUUGAAAAUCUUCAGGAUGAGCUAAGAAAAGCAAGGAAACGGCAGGCUUUCCUGGAAGAAACAUAUGGGGGCAGCAUGAGAGAGCUAGAACUCCUUUUGGGCAAUUUUGCUGUGUCAGGCCUACGGACAUCAGGCAGUCGCAAGGACAAAGAAAAACCCUUAAGCCCCUCUGUCGUCCUUGAGAAUUUGAGACAAACCUUGACAGAUUACCAGAGCAGGCUAGAAGACACAUCUAAUGAGCUGAAUAAAGUGAAAGAUUUAUAUGAGAAGAUAAAUGAGCAAUGUGAAGCUUACAAGGAAUUAAUCUGGUCACAAAAUGAAAAUCGUGAGAAAGUUCAUGAAGACCUGACAUCUGCUAAUAAAAAGUUAAAUCAUUGGCGGAGUGAAUGUUCUGAGAAAGAUGCACUGAUUGAUGCUAUGAGCGUGGAGCUACAAAAUUUGAAACAUAGCUUUCAGAGAGAAAGAAAUUCUGUUGCUGAGGCUAAAAAUGAAAUUCAGAAACUUGCAAGGGCUCAUCAAAAGGAUACAGAGGAGAAACUGACCUUCCUUCAUAGUUUGUACCAGCGACUAGUAGCAGGCUGUGUCGUCAUGAAGCAACCAAAUGGCAUGUUGGCAAAAUUUUCUUGGCCAGAGCUAUGCACCAUGCUGCAAGAGAACAUUGAUAUCCUUACUUCAGAUCUGAACAGAGCUAAUGAAAAGGAGUCAUACUUGGAGCACAUUUGUCGAAAUAAGGAUGAAACUAUACAUCAACUGCAGCAAAGCCAAGAAGCUACCUUCAAUAAACUAACCGAACAGAUGAAGGAACGAGAGGCUAAUUGGAAAAAACAGAAGACAGACUUGGAGGAGCAUUAUACUGGACUCCUUGGGGAAAUUCAUUCAAGAGCACAGUCAUGCCAUCUUGGAGCAGAAGAAGCCAAAGAAAAGUUAUCCAGUCUGACAAAGAUCAAGGACAAGUUGACCCUUGAACUGUCUCUUACAAAGAAACAAUUGUCUCAGACACGGAAAGAACAUGUUGCUUUACUAGCAGCUUGUGCUCUGAUGGCCGGUGCAUUGUACCCAUUAUACAGUAGAUUCCGUGAGCUCUCUGUGCAGAAGGACAUUCUUCAAGAUCAAGUACAUAUCUUUGAAUAUUUCAAAAAUGAAAUCAGGACUGUUGUUCAGGUUCUUUCUCUGGAAAGUAAUCCAAGCAAAUUGAAGAAAAAGAAGCCUCAAAAAGGAUUGAUACAAGUUUUCAGAAAAAGUGUUAUAGCAAUCUUAGCAGUCAACAGACUUCAAGCCUUGGGUCUCGGAUAUAAGCCUCUAUUCACUUGGUCUGAGGGCUUUAAUAAUAAACCAAGACUUGUAAUUUGCACCGGCAAAGUGAAGUCCUACAUCACUCAUUCAAGACAGGAAAGCGUGCAAAACAGUGUUAUCCAGGCUGUUGAAUGGUUUUCCAGUUCUGAGCUAUUGGCUGCAGUAGUUGAUUCUACGGCUGAGUUACAGGAUAUAAUCACUAAAUCAAAUCCAAAUCAAUUUCUUUCAAGCUGUUCAAUAGAAAAUUUAGCCAAGAGUUCCUUUUCAAAACUCAUGGACAGGCUAAGUGUGGAAAUGGAAAAUAUUCCAUUAUGUUGUAAUAGACACUUUGGAUGUGGGAACAAGAAAUCAUUAGUCGAAAUACUGGGCGAUGGACUGUGUAAAACCAAUGCCAAAGCAGGGAAAGAAGGAUUACAGAUUACAAUGCCUAUAAAGCGAUGUGUAGAAGUAUUGAAGAAACAGAUCCUUGAAUUUACUCAGAGGCUACAUGCAGCAGAAGUUGAACGUCGUUCAUUGCGUUUGGAGCUUACACAACUCAAAAAACACAUGAGUGAAUUAGAAAGGGAAAGUGGGAAGACCGAAACCCUUGAACAGCAGCUGUGUGACCUCAAGCAGUCUAUGAAGACUCAGAAGAUGGUUCCAUUUGAGAGAUUUGGGAGUAUUUGUGAAGAGCUGAAUAAUGCCUUGCUUAGAGAGCAGCAGGCUCAAGUGCUAUUAAAUGAACAAUCACAUCAAAUGCAAGAAUUGGGAUUACAACUGGAACUACAUUCCAAUGAAGAAGCAGAAAAGGAUCGGAUAUUAUCUGAGGCUGUAAAGAGUCUCUCAGAAGCAAACAUGGAGCUAAGAAGAAAAGAUCAAUCUCUACGUCAGUUGAACAAAAAUCUAGCCCAGUUGGAACAGGACAAGCAUCAACUUGAGGAGAGCAUCCAUGAUGCAGAAACUGCCCUCUGCAAGGCAGCAAAAGACAGAGAAAACUUGGUCAGAUACAUGAAAGGUGUGGAUGAUGCCUUGAAGCAGGUCAGAGAUCAGAUUUCACUGUCAUGGUCUGUGACAGCAAAAAAUGACUUCACCCUGCAGCUACCCAAAUUGCACCUGGAGAUCUUCGAAGCAAAGGGGCUGAAGGAUGGACUCGAGGUUGCUUCAUUCCAGAAUUUAACCCAGACUUUCAUGGACGUUUACCAGCUGGCUAGCUCCAGGGUUACUGCUCUGGAAACAGAAAUCACUUCACAUCAAAAACACAUUGCAGCUCUCAAAUCAGAACUUCAGACUGCAUGCCUGCGUGAAAAUAAUGGCUUAGUUCCAUCCAUCGGAACCCAUUUCGAUCAACUAUACGCUUGCCAUUCACAAACAAUCUUGUCACAAGAGAAAAGAAGCCAGGAAUUUGGCCCCUUGCAGCCAGAAAUGGAGAGUUCGCACAGUUUUCUGAGGGACACCCCACAGAAAAACAGACCACGUUCCCAAUCUUCAUCCUCUCUCCAUGUUAGUCAAUCCACUGGAUCCUUGAAAACAGAACAUGAUGGUUUCCAUAGUACUUUUAGAUUACAAUUGUAAAGUCUAUUUUUUUUUUGCAGUUGUCUGAAUUAAGUAAACAUCAGCUCUUUUGAUAUGAGGGCAAUUAUAAGCAACCCUGCAUUCAUGUUAGAGUAAUUGAUUGAAAACCUUUUUUGAGCUUGUAUAUGUGGUUAAACAGAUAAUCUCUUAUUUAUGUUUAAUUUUCAUUUUCUUAUUGAAUAGCUAUAUUUUAAAUGCAAAAAAGUGACACAUUUUAAGUAAUUUUGCAUAGGCUUAAAAUCAAUAAGCCAUUUCAGUCUCUAUCUAUCAACGUUUUUUUAUACACGUCUGUUUCAAAGUAGGAUGCAGCACUUUAAUAGGAUCACUAAAGCUAUUUGAAAUGUAUACCAAUGAUUCCUGUCAUUUCAUGGCAGCCCUGCUAUGGUUCACUGAGCCCCCUCUUCUCUCUUGUCAACUGAACUGAAGACAAGCAUUUAGUUGCAAACUUUAAACAGGUUGUGCAGAGCAGAGAUGAUGUGGCUGGUUUUUCUCAGCACAAUAAUGUCACUCCUGGUCAAUGUGAGAAGGUCAGAUUGCCUCUCACUGAGCUACAUGAUGAUAGCAUUGCCUAGUUGAAUGUACGGAGUUAACUGUUGGAUCUAGUCCCUACAGACCCUCAAUCUCAUCCCCUUAUCGGUUAUUGUCUGAUAAGAAAAGGUGAAACAACUGUACUGAGAGGAAUGGGGAUGACAUGUUUAUGUACUGUGCAAGGUCAGUUCCUGAAUAAGUGUCACUGUUGUAACUAAUCCAUUUAAUAUGUUCACAGACUUUUUGACGUAAUUGCUACUUUGGCCUUUGUGGCACACAGAAACUGGCUUAGUAUCCUGGAACCAUUGCAGUUAAGAUAAUCACACUGACCCCGAGUCAUGCUCCAGAUGCUGACUGGCACUGCAGAACUCUGAUUUUGAAUUUAGGCACUUCAGUACCAGAUGUGGAGUAAAACCGUGUCACUGGAUUCACCUUGUUUCAUAACAAACAUGUACAGAUUGCCAUUCAUUUUUGUUGAAAUGAUAGAGUAUACCUCUUAAUUUUAACCUACCCACGUCUUAAAGGGAAUAUAUUGGAACAUCAAAAUGGAAAUGGAAGCAAACCUAAAUGGUGGAUGAUUAAAUAAAGAAGAAAAAGAUAGAAACAAGAAUUUUCGAAUCUCAUAGUUGAUUAACCCCUACUCCACACAACCCCUGUUCUCUUUCCCCACCACCAAAAAACAACACAAGCUUCGUUUUGGAACCGUAGCUUUUGCCCUGCAUUUUCUGCUUUGUAACACAGACAAGUAAAAGGCUCAUGUCAGGCCAAGAUGUCAGGGAGUUGACAUGAAGCCCCUGUGACAUUUCAGCUCGAAAGAGCAAGUGUCUUGCAACCAACUGGUCAAAUAUCAAAUAAUAGGUCAGGCAGGAAGAGCUGAGUGCUAACCACAAGGCAGGUUCUGGCAACAUCUUUGACAAGCCUUAGGUGCUUGCAAUUUAUGAAGUGAUAUUCAUUUGGUAAUCAGCAUAUAGUCCCUUGUUUAAUGGGUUACUGUUAUUGGUUAAUGUCUUUAACCCCAUAGGUGCAAGCAUUACUUUCUCUGGAAUUCUACGAAGAAUUUGUAAGAUUUUUUUUAAAAAACUGAACAAUUGAGUCACACAGUGCUCUUUUACACAGUCACUGAGAGCACCAUGAAAUUAAAUCAGUUUUUGAUUUUUGGAACAGUCGUUUUUUUAUAAAAGUCUUCUCAUUGAAACAAUACAAUAUUCUUUAUUAAAUUAUUGAAAUAUUAUGAGACAUGUUUUAUGCAAACUAUUUGCCUGCAGUUUGAAACAUGUUUGAUCAUCAAGAAAAAACAUGGCUGUGUAGUAAAAUUACUAAAAUGAGGUACAAAUUUCUCCCCCGGAGGUGGCAAGAAGGGGAAAUAAUUGCACAAGUUGGCUUUGAAAGGAUAAUUACUCCCUUGUCCCCUUUAUCAGUUAAAGGGCAAAAAGGUUCAUUAGGGAUCUUCUCAAUUCACCAGCAAUUCGUCUGCUAAAAAGCUCAGUUAGCGGCCACUUAGAGCCAUGCCACCUCCCUGAUUAUCUAUAGCCAGCAAGGGAGAAAGCCAAACUGGGGACUCAGUUUGGCUGAAUCUGGGGUGAAAGGAGGCACAGAUAAAGGACAAGUGUGUGACCCUUACCUCUAACCCUCACUGUGAAAAGCACAAAUGUAUCCUCUGAAGAGUAGGACUUGACAAAUAGUUUUUAGGACCCAGAAGCUGCAGAUCUACGCUUGCCCAAUAGUUUCUGGCUGGCCAGAGACCACUGUUGAGGCUUAUGAAUUAACAACUGGGCUAACUCAGAAUUACUUUAAGUUUACAUUUUGGUUCAAUAUCCAGGUCUAGCAAGUAGAAUUUAACAAUAAAAUAGUAUAGGCAGCAUUUCCUGUUUCCCAAAAUAAAUCAUUGACUCGUACAUGAUAAUCAUAUUGAAACCUGUUUAUUUACUGGAUUUCUAAUUAUUGUAUUAAAAUCUAAAAACUUCCUCACAAGUUGUUUUUGAUUUAAUUUCUAGAAUCUGUAUUUAUCUUCCCUUUUCAUGCAGUGAUUGAUUUAGU